AUGGGCAAGGUCGCCGCCGAUAAGGCGACUUCCAAGAAGGCAUUGAAGCUCAAGAACGCCGGAGACACCGAGGACAAUGUCAGCAUGAAGGCGAAAUCCAAGUCCGCCGACAGGAGCGAAAAAUCAGAAUCCAAAGACAAGAAGAAACGCAAGGAGUCCUCCAGCGAAAUGAGCGACAGCGAAGUGACCAAGAAGAAGCGCCGCCACGAAGACGACGACAGCAAGGACGACGACAAAGAACCCUCCCGGAAGAAGAAGAAGAAGCGUGUAUCUUUCGGUCCCGGCACAAAGACCAAGGAUGGCGAUGACUCAAGUGAGAGCGACAAUGACGCCGGCGACGAGGCCGAGGGCGACGAGAGCAGCGAUACUGUGACGGCAACCGAAGAUUCGGAGAGCCAGGAAGCCGAGAAAGCAAUUGAAGAGAUGAAGAAUCGCAAGCGCGAGAAGAAGAAGGAGAGGAAAAAUGGCGGUGGUGCCGCUCCGCAAAUUCACGAGACGCCCAUUCUUUCAUAUCUAAGCUGGUAUCACCGGGACCGGGGGUCGUGGAAGUUCCAGAAGAAUCGCGAGACGAAUAUCUUCAAACAUCUUUAUUCGUUGGAACACGUGCCUGCUACAUACAAUGUUGCCCUUUUGGCGUAUUUGCAGGGUCUGAAGGGCGAGGCGUCCAAGAUGCGAUUGAGUCAAGGUGCUGCAGAGGUUAUGUCUGUUGACAAGGAGGUUGAGACAAAUGGAGACAAAUACCAUAAGGCUGUGGAUGGAUUCAGGGAAUCACUGACUUCCGGUAGUGAGGAUAUCAAUCGCUCUAGCUUCACCAAUGAGUUUGAUACCGAGACUCUCAUUCGUCUUCAGAAGAGACAGCGUGCAGAGCUGGUCUUUUUCGCUGUCACAGGCAAGCUAUAUAUCGGCGUGAAGCCCGUCGCACCUCAAAAGCAGGAUCCGCCACCCCAGAAGAAGCGAAAGAAUCGAACUGUUGUUGUCGAUAUUUCGAGCAGCAGUGAGAGCGAAGGCGAAAACAACGACAACAAGACGGUAUCCAAGAAGAAGGCUGCUAGCAAGACUUCGAACCCGGAUAGCAGUGACGACAGCACCAGCAGCAGUGGAAGCGACUCUUCGAGCAGUGAGGAUAGCAGCAGCGAUUCUUCGGGCAGCGAUAGCAGCAGUGAUGAUGAAGCCGCCGCCGGCAAAAAGAAGGUCACAAAGUCUAAGCCUGCACCUCCAGCGCCAGAGCCUGUACAGCCGCCACAGCCAGCUCUGCCCAAGAACAAGAAGAAGCAGAAGCGCAAGUUGAGAACUACUCAGAUCGAAAUCUCGAGUAGCGAGAGUGAUAGCGACUGA